AUGGACACAGCCACGGGGGCCAUGAGGGCAACAGGACAACAGGACAACAGGACAGCAGGACACAAGGGCAACGCUGGUGACGACACAAAUCAACGAGAGGAGUCGCAAAGGCAACAGCAACGGCAACAGCAGCAACAACAGGAGCAGCAGCACCAACGACAAUUGAAACCCAGCACAUACUUCACCAAGAACAACAGAAACAGGAGCAGCAACGGGCAACAGCAGCAGUCGCAGUCGCAGUGGCAGUGGCAGUGGCUGUGGCAGUGGCAGUGGCAGCUGCUGCCUGCAAAGGGCGAGGGGGCAGAAAUGAGGGCAUUAAACGAUCAAACGUUUAAUGACACCCGGCCAGCCAUUGAUUUGCCAAAUACAUGCGAGAACUGGGACAGGGAGCGUCCCAAGCAAAGCAGUGGGCACUUGCGACUAUGUUGA